CGUGCUUCCCUCUUCAUUCACUCAUUAACUCGCUCUCAAUUUGAAUUUCUUUCUCAUUUUCACUCUCACGGUCUGAAACUGAAAGGCUACAACUACUUUCUUCACCACACAACACAAAUUAUUCGGACAAGGUUGGGAUAGUUGAUGACAUUUUGGGUCAUGGUUCAUCGCCGCCGCAUGCUCGCCGCGUCCCCGCGCAUCUCGCCGGAUCCUCCGCGUUGUGUGCUCUCGUCUGGCCUCUCUCCUCCGUCUGAGCUCGGCUGCUCGCGCCUCUCUCGCCUCCGCAUCUGCUCGAGCGCCUGCUUGUGUCGUCGCCACGCCUCCCUCGCCUCUCUCCCUCCUCGCGUCUCCGCUUGAGCUUUGUCGUCCCUCGCGUGCUUGUCGCCGGCGCUCUCCUUAUCCCUCAUAUUUUUCUAGUUCUCCGCCUUGUAAACAUAAGGAGAAGGACUGCCACAGUGCCGCCAGCUUCUCCGUGUCACAUUCUUCUCUGCUCAUUGGAAGACUACCGAAGGUUACUUAAUUUUUCUUGCUUACUUCUUUCGGUUUCAGUCUGUUGUUCAUAAAAAAAAAUGUGAUUUGGUUAAUUUAGUUUUUAAUGUGUUCAAAAUGAUUUAGUUAAAAACAAUUAUAUGAUGCUAUGUAUGUAAUGUAAUUGACUAAUUGCUACGUUAUGAAUUUAUGAUGAGACUUGAAUUUGUUGCAUGGGAAGCUUGUUAAUUUCUUAGUUAUCCUGCUCAUUGCUGAUUUUGUGUUCGUUCGCUAAUUUUGAAUUUGGAAAGAAAAUGUUUGGAAAUUAGUAUUUAGUUAUUUAAUUUUACUUUGUAGUUAUGAUAUUAUAAUUUUGCUAAUAAAAAUAAUAGGGAUGCACCUUAUUUCCAAUUUUAAUUUUGAGGGCCCUGAAAUUAUCAUUGUUAGAAUUGAUUGUUAAUUGCCUAAUUGAUUAAUGGUUAAUAGGCUCCGUUGCUACAGUGUGAUUGUUAAUUGCUUAAUUGGAAUUGAUUGCUAAUUACCUAAUUGAUUGUCACUGUUAUUGUGUGAAAUUAAGAUAUUAUUGUAGUAUUGAACUAUUGACCAAUAAUAUGUCUAUUUUAUUUUAGAAAUUGAGACUUGAUUGUUGUUAAAGUGUUGAAGAUAUAUAUUUCAAAAUUUAAUUUUAAGUUUUUGACUAUUUUAUAUUGUUAUUUAAGUAGGACUAGGUUAGCCGAUUCAACCAAUAACCUACCAGUUGAACUAGUGACCCAGUAGUCUGAUUGGUUUGAUGAUCGCUUUGUCCUGAUAACUAUGCUUGGAGUUGUUUUUUCUUUUGUCACUUUGCUGAAUUUCAUCUCAAGACUCUUGUUGAUGAUUGUGUUGUGUGACUUUUUAUGAAUUAGGAAGUUGAACUUGUUAUUCUGUUAAUUAUAUGUUAGCACUUGAUCUAUAUUAUUAGUUGAAAAUAGCUUAGGACAUGUUCUUAUUGCAAUAGAUCUUCUACUCUUGAAUAGUUUCUCUUUCAUAUUUAUUAUUGGUACCACCUAUGGAAUCAAUGGUGAGAGAUCACACUUUACUCUCUAAAGUGAAAUUGAAACUUUAGAGGAUCCAAAUCCUCUUUUUAGAGUCAUUAUUUGUUUCCAUUUGUUUUGAGUGUUAUUUUUCAGUUCCUCUAUUUUUGUUGGAAGUAAUGGAACUUUCUUCUGGAAUUCGGAAGCUGCUUUCCGGUGUCAAAACCAACAAAUCUACACCUUUUAACCUGAACUCAAUGCCUUAUCACUGCUAUCAAGAUGUUUCCAACCUGCAAUGCUAUCAGAAUGACUUUUCCAAGCUAGAAGAAUUGACUCGGGUUCUGGCGAACAUGGAUGCAAUUAAUGGAAAACUUGUUGACACAAUUAGUAAUUCAACCAUUUUUGAUGAGCAGAUUAAGCAUGAUAUGUGUACCUUCAAGUCUCUUGCCCGGGCCUUUAUUGGAUCUCCACCAGUUCAGCACAAAAUGAAACAUGUUCUGGUCUCCACCAUGGGAACACAAAAUGAACCAUUUUCUCCUUUCAGUCAAGCAAGAGAAAGAGAACCUAUAGUGAUUGAUAACCUUGCCAAAGUGAGCAACUUUCUUGAUGUUUCUACUCAACAAAGGAAGGUAGUUCGUUUCAAAGUGUGUCCACAGGCAACCCAGCACCGCAUAUUGAUUGGUACACUCAAGGAAGUUCUGAAUAAUUUUAAAGUUGAUUUGGAUGCUUUGGAUUCUCAGGGCUUAGACAAAGAUACUAUAAUGGGUCAGCAAAUUGUUCUUACCUGCCUGAAGUUUCUCACUGAAGCUGCUGUUUCCAAUGAACCUGAAUCCACUUCAUGGAUGAGGCUUUCUCCUUCAAAAAAUGUCAACACCUCUGGUUCCCGGAAAUGGGAAGAUGUUCUUGAGAUGUUCAAUGAUCUGAUCGAGUAUUUUAGAGCCGAAACAAGAUUAAAGUUGCAUGUGGCUAAGGCUGAAGUCAUGAAAGAAGGGCUUUUGCAAAUCAAGGACAUUUUGAUUGACAACAGUAUUGGAUACAAGGAAGCUAGACACCAAGAACGCCUGGUGCAAAAGAAGCUUUCCAAAACAUUGGGACACUCAUCUCGCUGCUUAUUCACGCUAUUAUUAUAUUACCUCUUUGGAAGAGUCUCAGAUAUUGAAGUAGACAUGGCUGGGGGAGUUUACGAGAGUGUUAGCGACAACAAGAACUGGUUGUGUAUGGGAAGAAUUUUGACUUCAGAUAGUGAGAAGAUGAUUGGGCGUGGUGUGAAGCAGUUGGAUAGAGCACUUAGCCUUUUCAAGUUUGUAUGGGAAACUGCUGAAAUGAAAGGUCAUUUGGACCUUCAAGGCCAUUUGUGGUGUGUUGGAGAACACAAUAGGGUUCUUAGGUACAGAGGAAACACAUACUUUCUUCAUGGCAUUUGCCUUUAAUCUUGGAAACUUAUGCAGUUGUUUUCAUGUAAAUUUGAUAGUUAAAAACCGUUAAAUAACAAUUUAGUCACGCAUGUCAAAUUAUCUAACGAUUCUUAACUAUUAAUGUCGUGUGAAGACAACUGUAUGUGAGUAUCUUUACAAAAUCAUUUAACCUCUAUUCUAUGAUUUUUAUUCUUUCCA